AUGAGGAAUAAGAUCGACCUCCCCAAGCUUGGCAUCGAAGGAACCAAAAUAAGGCACACAGUCAAUGGAAGUGUUCUCAUCGAAAUUCCAGGUCCGGAGGGACAUAAGAAAGCGGAUGUUCUGAGGGAUAAACUGAUGGAUGCACUGGGACCUCAUGCAAAGGUAUCUCGCCCAAUGAUCAGAGGGGAUAUUCGUAUCAUUGGUUUGGAUGACUCUAUCACCUCGAGUGAAGUAGAGGAGAUCCUUGUUAAACAAGGGAAUUGUAAAGCCUCCGAUAUUAAAGUAGGACAAAUCAGGCCCAUGAAUAAUGGGCUAUUUAUGGUAUGGGCCUAA